UACAGGACUCACUGGCGUGGCAGGUUGUCUCUCACACCGGACAUGCACUAAGAUUUUUCUUGGUAUUACUCAAAAGCAAAAGGAAGAAAUAAGAGCAAGGGGGAAAAAAAGAUUGUGCUGAUUUUAAAAUGAUGCAAAAACUGCAAAUAUGUGUUUAUAUUUACCUGUUUAUGCUGAUUACUGCUGGCCCAGUGGAUCUAAAUGAGGGCAGUGAGCGAGAAGAAAACGUGGAAAAAGAGGGGCUGUGUAAUGCAUGUGUGUGGAGACAAAACACAAGGGACUCCAGAAUAGAAGCCAUAAAAAUCCAAAUCCUCAGCAAACUCCGUCUGGAAACAGCUCCUAACAUCAGCAAAGAUGCUAUAAGACAACUUCUGCCCCGAGCUCCUCCGCUCCGGGAACUGAUCGAUCAGUACGACGUCCAGAGGGAUGAUAGCAGCGAUGGUUCUCUGGAAGAUGACGAUUAUCACGCUACGACGGAAACAAUCAUUACCAUGCCUACAGAGUCUGAUUUUCUAAUGCAAGUGGAUGGAAAACCCAAAUGUUGCUUUUUUAAAUUUAGCUCUAAAAUACAGUACAACAAAGUAGUGAAAGCCCAGCUGUGGAUCCAUCUGAGGCCAGUCAAGACUCCCACAACAGUGUUUGUGCAGAUUCUGAGGCUCAUCAAACCCAUGAAAGACGGCACAAGGCACACUGGAAUCCGAUCUCUGAAACUCGACAUGAGCCCAGGCACUGGCAUUUGGCAGAGUAUUGACGUGAAGACAGUGUUGCAAAAUUGGCUCAAACAGCCUGAAUCCAACUUAGGCAUUGAAAUCAAAGCUUUGGAUGAGAAUGGCCAUGAUCUUGCUGUAACCUUCCCAGGACCAGGGGAAGAUGGGCUGAAUCCCUUUUUAGAGGUCAAAGUAACAGACACACCCAAAAGGUCCCGAAGAGACUUUGGUCUUGACUGUGAUGAGCGCUCCACAGAAUCCCGAUGCUGCCGCUACCCCCUCACAGUGGAUUUUGAAGCAUUUGGAUGGGAUUGGAUAAUUGCACCCAAAAGAUAUAAAGCUAAUUAUUGCUCUGGAGAGUGUGAAUUUGUAUUUUUACAAAAAUAUCCCCAUACUCAUCUUGUGCAUCAAGCAAACCCCAGAGGCUCAGCAGGCCCUUGCUGCACUCCUACAAAAAUGUCUCCCAUUAACAUGCUAUAUUUUAAUGGCAAAGAACAAAUAAUAUAUGGAAAAAUUCCAGCCAUGGUAGUAGACCGGUGUGGGUGCUCAUGAGCUUUGCACUGGGUUUGGAACUUCCUAAAUCAUGAAAGGUCUCCCCCUCAAUUUUGAAACUGUGAAAUUAUGUACCACAGGCUUGGGCCUUGAGUAUGCUAUAGUAACUUAAAUACAAGCUACAGUAUAUGAACUAAAAGAGAGAAUAUAUGCAAUGGUUGGCAUUUAACCAUCAAAAUAAACCAUAGAAUAGGACAUUUUAUGAUUUCCAGAGUUUUUGAACUAGGAGGAGA